CUCCUCCAUAUCCUUGAAGGUCAGUGUGUGCAUCUUCUCUAUUCCAAUAAUGGGGAGGGAAGGAAGUGAGAUCUGAAAGGAGCGUUGAUUCUUCGAUGGACGACGAAGCUGAGAAACAGAAGAAGCACUUAGCAAUGCUGGAACGCCUUUCGAAACGCCCCCAACCCCGUUCAACCAACUCCGAUUCCUCAUCAGAAUCCACCUCCGCAUUCCUCUCACGCUUCUCCGAUCGAAAAACCUCCAUAGAGGCCCAACUGGCCCAAUCCCACUCCAUUUCCUCCGACCCAGCCCAACUCAAACUCCACUUCCAAAAUAUCUCCCAAUCAAUCUCCGAUUUAGAAAAACUCGUCGCCCAAAACUCCUACCUCCUUCCCUCCUACGACGUCCGAACCUCCCUCAAAACCCUCGAUGACCUAAAACACUCCCUCCAAAACAUCACCUCCAACCUCAUUCCCAAAAAGAAAUUCUCCUUCAAGAACAAACCCACCAAAAAGGAUUCCGCUGUUCCCCAAUCCAAACAACCCCCUCAACUCUCCACUCCCCAUGAGAUCCCCACGCGCCGCGACUCGCCGGGCUUCACAAACAAAACCGGCGAGGUUUUCAUUCAAAACUUCAGGGACUCCGAGGUUGGCGAAUUCGCCGUUUCGGAUCUCGAUUCCUGCGAAGUGAGGAUAAUAGGUUCCGUGAGGGCGCUUUUCGUUCACAGGUUGAGGAAUUGUAGGGUUUACGUGGGCCCCGUCACGGGCUCCGUUCUCAUUGAGGAAGCCGAGGGUUGCGUCUUCGCGCUGGCCUCGCAUCAGAUUCGGAUUCACGCUGCCAAAAGAAGCGAUUUUUAUCUUAGGGUUAGGAGCAGGCCCAUAAUCGAGGACAGUAACGGCGUCAGAUUCGCGCCGUAUUGUUUGAGUUACGAAGGGAUUGAAGAGGAUCUUCGCGGCGCCGGUCUCGACGCCGAGACCGGAAAUUGGGCCAAUGUUGAUGAUUUCCGGUGGCUGCGCGCGGUGCAGUCUCCGAAUUGGUCGGUUUUGCCGGAGAAUGAGAGGGUUGGGGUUCUUCAUUUAACGGAUUUGAAAAAUGAGGACAAGGAAAUUUGAUUUCAGUAUCCACAUUGUUUCUUGUGACUGGGCCAGUGUUGAGUCUAGAUGUUUUCUUUUCUCGGGAUUUGACGUUGAAAAUGAGAUUAAUGUGAUUUUGGCAAUGCAAAAUGGUUUUGGAUAUGUUUCUUUUUAGUGUUGAUUAUUCGAACAUGUUUGGAUGAA